UCGAGGAAACACACCCAGGAUCACCUUUGUCACAGACUCGUGGAAGACUGAAACCAAACAAGGGGAAGAGAGCGAAAACUGAGGAACCAGACACUGGAAUACAGACUACUGCAGGAGGAAAAACAAGGAAAUCAAAGUGAAAACAAUAUGGCUUCCAGCUUAGAGGAGGAUCUCUGCUGUCCGAUCUGUCAGGACGUCUUUAAGGAUCCGGUUCUUUUGUCAUGUAGCCACAGCUUCUGURAGGAAUGUGUGAAGAACUGGUGGAGAGAGAAACCAGUAAGAGAGUGUCCUGUUUGUAAGAAGAGAUCUAAGGAUGAUCCUCCCUGUAAUCUGGCUCUGAAGAAUCUGUGUGAGUCUUUGUUACAGCAGAGAAACCAAACAGCUUCAGAGGGUCUCUGCUCUCUGCACUCUGAGAAACUCAAACUCUUCUGUCUGGACCAUCAGCAGCCAGUGUGUGUCGUCUGCAGAGAUUCAGAAAAACACACCAACCACAGAUUCAGACCCAUCGAUGAAGCUGYUCAGCAACACAAGARGAACCUUCAGGAAACUCUGGAGCCUCUAAAGGAGAAGCUGGAGCUCAGGAAGAAAGUUCAGGAGGAGUUUGAUCAGACAGCAGAACACCUGGAGGUCCAGGCCCGACACACAGAGAGGCAGAUUAGGGAUCAGUUUAAGCAGCUUCAUCAGUUUCUAGCAGAGGAAGAGGAGGUCAGGCUGGCUGCACUGAGGGAGGAAGMGGAGCAGAAGAGAGGGAUGAUGAAGGAGAAGAUGGAGGCUCUGAGCAGAGAGAUAGCAGCUCUUUCAGACACAGUCAGAGCCACAGAGGAGGAGCUGAGAGCUGCAGACGUCUCAUUCCUGCACAACUACAAGGCUGCAGUGGAAAGAGUCCAGCGCUGCCCCCUGCUGGAGGAUCCACAGCUGCCCUCAGGAGCUCUGAUAGACCAGGCCAAACAUCUGGGCAACCUGGCCUUCAACAUCUGGAGCAACAUGGAGACCAUGGUGACCUACACUCCUCUGGUUCUGGACCCAAACACAGCUGGUCCAUUAAUUCACCUUUCUGAAGAUCUGACCAGCAUGAGGGCAGGAGAGGAUCAGCAGCUUCCUGAUAAUCUAGAGAGAUUUGAUAAUUAUUACUGUGGUUCUGUCCUGAGUUCUGAGGGUUUUAAUGCAGGAAACCACAGCUGGGAUGUUGAUGUUGGAGACAGUGAAUACUGGUUACUUGGUGUGAUAGAAGAAUCUGUAGAGAGGAAGGGAGACAUAGAGUCUGGAUUGUGGUUUAUAGUGUUCCAUGAAGGUAAAUACUCAGCAGAUUCUCCAUCAGCUCUUCCCACUGGUCUCUCAGUCCAGAAGAAUCUCCAGAGGAUCAGAGUGAAUCUGGACUGGGACAGAGGAAAACUGUCCUUCUCUGAUCURKAUACUAACACACACAUACACACCUUCACACACACCUUCACUCAGAAGAUGUUUCCAUAYUUUGACACUUUGUAUAAAGUYAAGAUCCAACCGAUGAAGAUCUCAGUGAUCAAACAKCAGCUCUGAUGAUCUCAGCAUGAAGAAYAAAUUAAUCCUUAUUGAUCAGAUGAUWGAUUGGUUUUAUGAUUGAUAGUUUGCUGAGUUGGUGAAUUUCAUAUAUUUUUUAACUCCGUUUUAAAUCAGGAAACUGGAGAUGAUCUGAUCAUCUUUGUGUUUUCCACUGUAAUGUUUUGAACAUUGUAGUUAUUAUUUAAAACAACUUGAYGUAAACAAAUGACUAGCAGCUGGUUGUAAGCAGAAUGGGAAGCUUAAUAAAUGUAUUAGUAGCUA